AUGUCUUUCUAUAGGAUGCCGGUGAGGAUUGUCAAAAUAAUCACCAAACUUCAAAGUGAUUUUUUGUGGGGAGCCUCGGAGAAUAGUAGGAAGAUUCAUUGGGUGGGGUGGAAAAAGCUAUGUCUCCCGUUCGACAAAGGAGGUGUAGGACUCAAGAGGAUGGAUGUUUUUAAUUUUGCUCUUCUCAAUAAAUGGAGGUGGAAGAUUCUUCAUGGUUCGGAUUCUUUUUGGCAUAAUCUCCUUCGUGCUAGAUAUGGCGACAUUCGAUUAAAAGUAUCUACGGGAGGAGACUCUAUGCACGCCGGUUCCUCUUGUUCCACAUGGUGGAAAGAUAUCUUAUCGCUUGGGAAGAAUGUUGCCAAAGACGCUAUUGCGAAUAAUUGUUCCUUUUUGGUAGGAAACGGUUUUACCACUUCCUUUUGUCAUUCUAAAUGGGCUCUUGACACACCUUUGAAGGAUUCCUUUCCUUCUCUUUUCGCAAUGUCUCGCCUUAAGAAUGUUUCGGUAGCUUGUAUGGGGGGUUGGAAUGGUGGCCAAUGGAAGUGGGGGGACUGUGGGUUAUCUCUAGGGGCUACACACAGUCAGAUUUUGGAGGACUUUGACGACAUAUGCAGGGGGCUGGAUUUUACUGUUGUGGCCGGUUCAGCCUCAUCGAGAAUCGGUUUUGUUCACGGCUACGUUAAGGGGGCUGGAAUGGCGCUGGACAGCGGGCCUAACACCACUGAUACAGCCGGUUUUGACAGUGUGGAGGGGCUGUACCGCGUGCUGGCCGGCUCGAUUUUAACGGACACGGGAGGCAAUGAUGUGGUUAAGUGGGAAGCGGAGAAAGAUAGCAUAUUUUCUGUUAAAUCUUGUUUUCUUUUUUAUGUAGACUCUUUUAUUCCUCGUGGUCCGUAUGAGAAGCAUGAUGGAGCUUAUUCUCUUAUUUGGAAGACGAAUACUCCUUUCAAGACCAAAGUGUUUGGUUGGAGAAUUUUGAUCGAUAGGUUACCUACGAAGGAGCUCUUGUUAAAGAGAGGUAUUUCUUUUACAACUUCUUCGUCUAAUUGUGAGUUUUGUGGUAUUGCUCUUGAAUCUUUAGAACACGUCUUUUUCAAGUGUUCUAUCGUAAAGUUAAUUUGGAGGAAAAUAGCGGAGUGGAUUGGUUUGUUGGAUGUAACGGAGGAGGACCCUAAAGGGAGUUUCAUGCUUUGGUAUCAAUUUUGCAAAAGUAUGAAGAUGAAGGAGGGUAGGCUUAGUUGCAUUUGGUUGGCUAUAACUUGGAGCAUAUGGUUAGUUAGGAAUGGUAUUAUUUUUCGGAGGGACGGUUGGAGCGUUCACAACUUGAUUUGGAAUAUUAAGUCGUUAGUUUGA